AUGCCUCCCCGUCCGUCACUCCCAACGCCUUCAUCUGCAAGUCUGCCGUCUGAACUCCUCACGUUGACAUUUUGGAAACGCGAUCGGGGAGUUGUCUGCUCUUUUUAUCGUCCCGCAUUCUCCAAGACGCCGUCAAAAACAGCCAUCACCAAAAAUAGUUGUCCGCCUUCAAUCCCUCUCCUCUCCAAAAUCGGAAACGCGAACAGCUGCCAUUCACGCACAAAGCUCGACAGAAAGCCGGUUUCAUGCCCCCACAAUGCCGCAUCUGUCGGAAAUCCUCCCAAGCUGUUGCUACUGUAUGUGGGUCAGCAGCUGCAGUUCAGACUGAGGGAUAUCCCCGCAUUCAAGAAGAGGCCUUGGUGUUUACGCCGCAACAGAGCUGGGCUGGAAUACCGCAGGGGCCGGCGAUUACUGCUGUCGUCACAGGAGAACAGUGGGAAGAAGGGAGUGGGCCGAGGAACUGCGGAUGUCCCCCGUAUGAACUCACUGUGCGCAGGUGAGGGAGAGGUGACAGCCAUCUGCGGGGAAAUGGCUCUGGUUAUAGACCCAUAUCUGUCGUCCAGUCUUUGCUUUGAUUUCGCAGAAGCUUGCAAAAUGUUUCAAGUGACUUUUACGAUGAGCAAAGUGCUUGGGGCCUGGAGAGCUGCAUGUGUGCCGUGA